AUGAAGCCUUUUCUUCGUCCUGGAUUAAAUGUCCCAUUUAGUGGUAAGACUAUUGUAUUGGGUGGAGAUUUUAGGCAAAUCUUGCUGGCUUAUCAGAAAGACAAGGAGGAGGUACAAAAGUUUGCUAAAUGGAUCCUUAAAAUUGGGGAUGGCAAAGUAGAUUUUAAUGAGGUGGGGGAAGAUACCAUCGAUAUUCCAGCUGAUCUAUUGAUAGAUAGCAACAAUGAUCAUAUUCAAAAUCUGAUUAAUUUUUCUUAUCCAAACAUGUUAAAGGAGUUGGAGGCUAAAAAUGAUAGAUUCUAUGAGGAAAGAGCAGUUCUUGCACCAACAUUGGAGAAUGUUGAGGAGGUGAAUAAUCAUAUGUUGCCCAAUAUUCUUAGAGAUGCGAAAGAGUAUUUGAGUUUUAACUCUACUUGCAAAUUAGAUGUUGACUUAGAGGUAGAACCUGAAUGGUUUACAAGUGAAUUUCUAAAUUCCAUUAAAUGUUCAAGUAUUCUGAAUCAUGAUCCCCAAUUGAAGGUUGGAGUACCAAUAAUGUUACUACUCAACAUUGAUCAAUCUGGAGGACUUUGUAAUGGGACUCGACUAAUUGUAUCUGAGUUGGGUAACAACGUGAUUGCUGCUAAUGUCUUCACAGGAAACAGAUCAUGUGAUAAGAUAUUUAUUCCAAGAAUGAGAGGGCCUUCUGGUAUUCAUGUGAGCUGCAUCAUACUUGCACCUCCUCGAUUCAAUAUAGCGAACAUUGGCAGGGGUUGGAGACUCUUUUGCCAACUGCAUUGUGUCUGUGUUGGCACUAUCAUGUCUAUUCUUUUCACCACUGAAGAUAUUAGGAUUGUUGAUGUUAUCUUCCACUCUGUUUGA